AUGAGUCGAGGCAGCUUACCUUUGGACAUCAAAACGAGGUGGAAUUCUACCUAUCUCAUGCUUCAGAGAGCUAUCAAGUUCAAGGUGGCGUUUGAUAAAAUGGAAAUGGAAGACAGGCUCUACAAUGACUACUUCAAUGAAGUUGAGAAUGGGAACAAAAGGAUAGGACCUCCUGCGACUGUUGAUUGGAAUGCAGUGGAGAGGUUAGUGAAGUUCCUUGUCAUCUUCUACAACUCUACGCUUGUUGUCUCAGCUUCCACAACAGUAUGUUCUCAUAAGUGCUAUGGUGAGAUAGUCACUAUAGAGAGCAAUCUGAGCAGGCUAAGUACGAGUUUGGAUAGGGAGUUGAGAACCAAGGCUGAUGGGAUGAGGGCAAAGUUUGACAAGUAUUGGGGAGGCAUGAAGUAUUUCAACAAGAUGGUAAUUGUUGCUUCAGUCUUUGAUCCGACGAAGAAAAUGCAGUUUGCGAAGCUGUGUUUUGAGAAGCUCUACGGCAAAGAAACACCUGAGGCUAAGGCGAUGUAUCAGUCGGUUCACACUCUCUUGACUGAUAUGUUCAAGGAGUACAGUCUUCGCUUGAGGAGAGAUGCAACUGGUGGACAAUCAUCUCAGUCUACUCAAGCAUCGUCAUCAAAUGUACAAGAUCAAGAUCAAGAGUUAGGUGAAAACAUGGAAGACUCGAUGGAUUUGGUCGAUGAUCUCUGUUAUGAGAGGAUGGACUUUGCGUAUACUGAAUUGGUUGCUGAGAUAGGAGUAGAAGAUGCAAGGGAUGAGCUAGAGCUGUAUUUGAAAGAGAAGGUAGAGAAUCCUAAAAACUUUCUUGGAACAGAGUAUGAUGUGUUAUCAUGGUGGAGGCUGAACUGUCACAAGUAUCCCAUCUUAGCAGAGAUGGCCAAAGACGUACUUGCAAUGCAAGUUUCCUCUGUUGCAGCUGAGAGUGCUUUCAGCACCAGUGGUCGACUUGUUGAUCCAUUUCGGAGUUGCUUGUCGCACUUCAUGAUUGAGGUGUUGAUGUAG